AUGUUUAUAGAAAUAGACUGUACAAUAAUAUUUGAUGAGAAAGAUGACAUUCCUUUUCAAAUAGAAUUAGAAGAUUAAAAAAGUAAAUAAUAUCAUGCUUUCCCACUAUCACUUGAUAAGUUUGGAAUCCUCCAAUUUAUAUCGCAAACUCAAUAGCUUCAGCUCUAGAAAAAAAUAGAAUAUAUGAAAAAAUAUAUCGAUUUUGUUUAACAACCACUAGAAAAUACACAAAGAAUAACACAAAAAAUAUAAAAAAACAUAGAAGAUGUUUUACCUACCGAUAUUUUUGGUCCGAAAUCUCUCUAACCUAAUGCAGGUUAAUAUGGCUUUUAAAAAGAAUUUUGCACUAAGAUAAUAUAGCCAAAACAAGAAUAGAGUAGUUUAUUACCUGGAUCAAAUGUUGCGAUACUAAUUUAUUAAAAUGAAGAUUUUGAAAGUUUAAAUCAUCAGAUGGAGGUAUAUAACAAUCAAUACAAAGUAAAACCAAUCGUAUUAAUAAAUGGUAAAUCUGCAUUUAAGAAACUAAUGAGGUCCAAAGAGGACUUUUUUCUAAAUUUUUAUUAAACAAAAUACCUUCCUUUUCAUUAAAAGUUUAUGACAUCGACCCAUCAUUGCAUCUAUUUUUAAAUUAAAGGUUAAAUAGGCUAUUAUUUUGUUUUCGCAAGAGAACUAAACAAAUUAGAUCUGAUUAAGUGGGUUUAUUAAGGGAUUCUAAAAUUGAUUUAACCAAAGUUUGUUGCGAUUGCAUCUAGUAACGAAAUUUUUAGUCAAGAAAUAAAUAUCAUAUAGUUGUUUGAAAUUUUGGCAAAGGAACCUAAAUAUUUUGGAAUUUAAUGUUUUAAAAAAUUAAGUUAUAAAGGGAGAUUUUGGAACACUUCAUAAGGAAAUUUUGCAGACAUCGCUUUUAAAAUAGACUCCAUGUUUAAAAUUAAAUAAUUUCAUAAUCCCCUUUCUUGCAUUUAUUAAUGGGAGCGAAUAGAACCUACAGUUGAUGAUUAUAUACGUAUGCUUGAUAAUGAAUAGAUCGAUAAUUCAUGGGCUUUAGGAUAUAAUUCAAUAUUACCUAGACUUAUGAAUGAACAUUCAGGUAAAGAAUUAAAAUUUAUUACAUAAUGCAUUGUUGAAUAAAAAUUUAAUGAAAACUAAUUUGAGAAUGUAUUCAAUUAAUUUUGCCAAUACAAAAGGAAUAUCAAUGAUUAACUGAGGAAAUGCAGAUUCCAUUUAUUUAGAAAUGUGUUCCAAUGGUUUAUUGCAAAAAUCUAAGUUUUCCAUAAUUACUUUGCGAUUUCAAUAUGUCUUUUCUUUUCAUUUUAAUGUCCGUAUCAAUUAAUUUAUAACUUGCUUGAUGAAUCCGUUGGAUAUACUGCUUUAGCUGUUGCAUUGCCGAUUCUCUAUUCCAUUAACAUUUUGUUAUUCCUCCUACUAACCCAGCUCUAUCAUUUUAAUGACAAAAUCAUUGAGAAAGGUUAUUAAUAAGAAGUUGCCUUGAUGGGUUAAAAGAAUGAAAAACAGGAAUUUAGUUUUAAAACAGUAAAUUCCUCUAAUAUUGAUAUUAUGCUUAUGUAAGAAUAGAAUGAAUACAAUAUAAUUAAUUUUGAAAUCCAAGAGGAUGAAUAUAUUGAAAAGGGAACUAAGGAAAUAAAGAAGGAAUAGAUGAAAGAAAAUGAACUUUUUUAUUUGUAUAAAUUUCCUUAAUUGAAAUACAUAAGUUUAUACAUGGGCUACAUAAUUGAAACUUAAAAUUAUUUAGAUUUUGGAGUAGUACUAUUUAUUUACGCAAAUUUGAUACUGGUCCAUGGAAGAAAAAUUAUAAACGAAUAAUCAGAAUUUGAAAUCGCUUUAUGGAUUAUGGCGUUUAUUACGUUUUUGUAUCAGUUAAUUACAAAAAGAUUGGGAAUAGUUUGGCUUUUUGUUAGAUUUUCUAUGAUAUCAUAUUUUUGGCAGUUCUUCUAACUACCUAGAUAGAUAACAUCAGCUAGGUAGAGGAGUAAUGAGAAAAGAAAACUAGGUUCACAACUGUUGUUGAAUUUUAUUCUCUUUUACACUUUCAUUGCUAUUGAGUCUUACUACAAUUAUUGUGGUUAUAUUUUGAUUGGACUCUUUGGAUAUUUGGCAAUAGUUGAUAUUAUUAUUGGCUUUUUUUAGUUUACUUAAUACCUUUGUUACAGUUCAUCUAUUCCAAAAAGUGAAAACUAAAUUUGGGAAGGGAAGUUACUUGAUGGCAUUCCUCAAAUCUUAGAUAAUAAAAUACACUAAUAAGCAAAUACCUAACUUUUUGAAAUGACAAGAAGAUUACAAAAAAUAGCAGUAAUUGAUGAUGUAAACUCAACUUAUGAAUGA